CGUUGCUUUCAUUAACAUUUUCCGAUAGGUGCGCCAUUUUCUAAAGGAAAACUCAGGGUUCCGAGACAGAAUUGCCCAAGACUGCAUCAUGUGAAGAGCAGCUAGUACACUCUUUCCUGGUUUUGUUCGUGGGUUCUGGAAAUAGUCAUCUUUUGUCGAAACCUUCCGUGUUUUCUGCUUUUCGGUGACAGGUGUGAGUCCAAGAUGAAUCGCACAGUGACACUAAAUGCUUUCCUGAUCUUACUAGUCCUCCUAUGGACUCCAGUGACAGCGCAGAGCCAGACUGUCUUCCUUGAGCGAGGCCAGCGCGGGAUCGUCUCAUGCCCUCUCAUCCCGUCCCUCCAGAUACCCACAGAAGACCUGGGCUCCAUCUUCAUGUACUGGUACUUCGGCCAAAUAGACAGAAGAUCCCUCUUGAUCUCGUACUUUCUCGAGACGGUGACCCCCCAAAACGAGAUCCCAGAGGGCGUCUACGAUAUCGACGAUACCUUUUCCUUGGUUAUCGAGAACGUCACUGACCUGGACGCUGGAAAAUAUUUCUGCGAAGUGAAGCCCAGAAAUGCAGUUCUUCAGAGUAGUAACGUGUCUGUUGCUAUUAAAGUUUCCCCUAGGGAGCCAUUUCCGGAAAUCGUUGACUGCGAUCUCAUCCCAAGUACUCCAUCAGAUUGUGACGCAUCCAUUCCCUAUGACAGGUCCUCAAGCCUGAUAUGUGUGGUGCGAAACGCCAAGCCUGCUGUGGAGAUCCGUUGGUUCAGUAUGUUCGGAGAACUCAGGCAACCAGUCUUCAUAUCUACUCAAACUGUUGAGGAGACCGUCCUGCCACCCAACUCUCUGGAGGCAGGCUGGUUUCUGAUCAACAACACUUACACGACGUUGGCAACGAUCCAAGUCUGGCCCUUAUUUGCUGACAGGUAUAGAUGUGAAGCCUACGGCAAGGCUCUUGGGGCCAGGAAUGGUAGUCACAUGACAGCUAACAUUGUAGUUGCAGGUCCUCCAACCCACAGAACAGGCACGAGCACCCCUAGAAUUGAAGAAACAACGGCAACGAUGGCAACGAUGGCAUCGACCACUGAGGUUCCUUACAUGCCCCCGUUGGUUGCAGCUGUGGGUGGACCAGUAGGAGGUUUCGUUUUCGUGGUGGUGUUUGUGAUUGUCUUGCUAAAGGUAAGAAAAAGACGAAAGAAGAACACUGAUGUGCCAGACCCAGAGAACUUUCCCCUCACAGAAAACAUUGAUUUGCGAGGACUCAAAGAGAUCUUGAAACCGCUCUUCAAAGCAAAGAUGCAGAACAUCUCAGUAGAUCCGUCAGAGGACCAAGCUGACGCCAUGCACACGGAUGAGAUAUUCAUCGAGCUGGAACUCCAUGAAAAGAACAACACAGUGAUGGUAAUUAAAUCCCGCCAGCAAAUGAUUGGAUUGCUAGGCGGCUCACAAGAUAGACGGCAUUUUGUCGUGAAGGGAGAGGCUGGGUGUGGCAAAACCACCCUGGUCAGGCGAUUUGGCUUUGAUUGGGCAAAUGAUUCUGUUUCAGGUUCAGAGUACAUGCAACAAUUUGAACUCGUGUUUGUCUUGAAAAUGAAAGACAUGACUGACAAUCCUGGGUUAUUGAGUGCUAUUCUCAGUCAAAAUAUCCCAAGGGAAAAUGCAAUAAGUAUGGCAUGUCUGAGGUCUGUAAUUGAUAAAGUUGCCGACAAGGUUUUGAUCAUUUUGGACGGAUGGGACGAGAUGAGCUCCAAGGUGUUCAACAAGCAAGCACCACCUGGAGACAUUUCGGUGAGAGAUAUUUUGGCUGUGCAAGCUUUUACCAAGAGCUGUGUUAUUGUCACAGCGCGACCUCACAUGAUGAAGCAGCUCAACGACCUCAACGAGGAGCCAGUAUUUGCUGUGAUUGAAACGACCGGCUUCAGCGACCAGAAUAGAGACAGGUACAUCGGGAAGCGUUUUGGGGAGGAGUCUGACAAAGCAGAGGGGUUGAUUCGAGAGAUCAAGACAGCAGCAUUUCUUGAGAUACUGGCCAAGGUACCCAUCAUGCUGAGGCUGCUCUGCUACAUCUGGAAGCAGAAGGCAGAAAAUGAAGUCCUUCCUGCAAGAAUCACUGCGUUGUACGGCAGGGUCAUAGAUGCUCUGGUGAAACACUGGGAGAAAAAAUGUAAGACAUCACUUGAAACGAGGGGUGCAGGGUGGUUAGAACAAGUCCAAUUGGCUCUUGGCGAAGUUGCCUUUAACGGACUUAUGGAUUCCAAGGAGGGCAAGCUCGUUUUUCCUCGUGAACGAUUUCCAAAAGAGUUCCUGAUGGAUGCUCUAGCGUUGGGAUUUUUCUCUGAGAAGCCAGACUCCAAAGAACCCACAGUAACGUUCACACAUAAAACGUUCCAAGAGUAUUUUGCCUCCUUCUACCUUGUCAGACAGACCAAGUGGUUCAUCAAGCGGAGGUUUUUGUCCAAAGUGACUAUCGACACUGUGCAGGCAGUUGAGUAUGUCUUGCGGUUCUCUUGUGGUAUGAACAAGCUAGAGGUGGCAUCGGUCAUCUUUGAGCAUGUCCAGGGCAUUAAGGAUGAGCUGAUAUCAGACCGGUACCUGUGGGUUCAACACCUGACCCUCAUGCUCUACUACGAAGCUCAGUCAGAUAGUCUGGAGGCCGGAGUUGGAUCCUGUUUGGCUCUCAAGUACAAGGAGGAAUUUGCAGCUCUGCAAUACUAUGUAGACAACCUCCAUAACUCAGAUGAAAGGUCGGGGCCAAAAGUCCAUCUUGAGAGAUUGGAGGUCUAUCUGCACGUCAUCAAAGAUCUGACCAAAGUCAAAAGCAUUCUUGAACAUGUCGAUGUUGACAGUCUGUACUAUGGUCUCUUAUGGUCGGACAAGUUGGGUGGGGAGUUGGAAGAACUUGACCAAGCAAUAGAAAAACUACCUCACAAGAAAGGAUACAAAGUAGUUUGCAUUGAUCAGAAAGAGCAUCAGAGUAGCGACGGAGCAGCUGCAGCUGCUGAUCAGGAGGAAGAACUGGGCUCAGUCGAUCCACUGGUGCAGUUUUGCAGUACAAAGAGUCAUGUUUGUGGAUUUGGCCUUCGCAUCGAAUGCGAUGUCAUCAAGUCACAAGACACGUUCUCAAGGGUUGCUACAGGUCUUGGAGAAAGUCAGGCAGUGUAUUUUGGUGUGCUCAACAACAGUUUGAAUGGGUAUAUGAGUAGCCUUAAACCACUUAUCCCUUCCUUGCAGUACCUUGAGCUCUAUGACUGUGGCCUCAAAAGUGAUGGUCUGGUGUCGCUUGCUGAGCUGAUGCCAAGUGCCGUACGUCUGCGUGAACUGUACAUCUCAGGGGCCGACUUCUCAGAAGAAGCUGUAGAAUCCCUCCUGCGUAAGCUGAAGGAUUGUCCUCGUAUGCUGAUGUUGGAGUUACACAACACAGAGUUGCCAUCUGAGAUAAUCCAGGCAGUGGUCAGAGAGAGCUUUCCUGAGAUGACCCCAGUGGAGGGUAAUGUCGAGGGUCAGUAUUGGUUGCAAAGACGAGAGAAGCCUAGAUGUCGACUUCGCAAAGCUGUGGAUGUCUUGCAGCGUAACUUUGGCCGUAGAUCUUGAGACUUAAUGGGCUUCAUAGUCUGAGUGCCUGUAUGAAUGCUAUUCCUUUGUUACAGUGCCUAGGGUGACAGCUGCAGGAGAGGAGGUACUGGCACGUGUCUUAUUUGGGUCUAGAAUACAGAUCAGUGGGUCUUCCUUGCGGAUGGUGACAUCCAAGAAGUGGGUCUGAUGAAGUGAGUGCUCUGAUGUGAACUUGAUGGUCCAGUUGAAGGAAUCAGUGUGGUUCAAAGCAAACUGAAAAUCACCAUACUGUCCUCAUCAUGCAUCAUUGUUCCAAAUGAAAAAUACAUCCAAUGUAAAAAAAACAUUUGAGUUCACUAAUAUAGCCCAUCAUGUGGAUUUUGUAACAUAUUUAAUUGGCCAGGUCCUUCAGUUUCUGAACAAAGUAUAUUUAUUUAUUUAUUUUCUUUCAGUACCAGGAGGAGGAUCUGUUUCAUUUUUUAAAAUUGUGUUGUGAACAUACUUAUGUGCUUUUAUUUUUGUUAAGCUGGGGGUAAACGGUGCAAAGUAGGCUAUCCCUUUUUGUGCCAUUUCAAUGCAAUUUGACAUACGUGGAUAUACUUUUUUUUCUUAAGAAAUACUUAUAACAAUGGCAGUUAAAACUGGACUUGUGAACGAUUCUUCUGGAAGCCGUAGUUUUCAAUGUUCUGUCUGACUAUGUGUGUGUGGUUUUUUUUAACUUUUUUUUAAAGAGACUUUGGACAAGUAUUACUGAUCAGUUAUUGGAUUUUUUUCUGGCUGUGCCGGUUAAAUUAACUGCAUUUAUGUAUGAUAUUAUUAGUUAUCCCGCGAGCGCGAGUGGAACACGGAAUAAUGUAGUGCGUCUGUGUCCCACAUACCACGAGGCCAAAGGCCGAGUGAUAAAGUUUUAUAUACUACAUGUAUAUGAAAGUUGUUCAUAAGUGUCUGUAGAUAGGUACAUCAGCAUGUUUGUAGUGGUUAAAAAGAAGUGGUCUAAGAGCAAUGCGUCGUGUGCCCGGCAGAAGGGCAUAUGUGCAUAUGCCCUUAUGCAAUAGCGCGUAAUGACCAAAAUGUUCCCAGCAAAAGGGCAUUGCAGAAAACUGCCUCCAUUUUAAUGAGAUUUAAACAUUUUCGUCAGAAAUUAACGUGUAUAGUUGUUCCAAAACUUAUGAUUCAUACGUGUGACAAAUUUCAAAUUCGUACGAUUUAUAUUACGUGGGGGAGAGCACUGGAUACA